AUUUAGAACGAGGCCAAUGUCUUUCGAGUCGUCUCGUCCAACAGCUUAUUGUUAUCUCGUAAAUUCAAACGUUAGUCUCAUUAGUCAUUACUUAAUGCGGAAGUGCUCAAAGAUCGUUUUCUCCCAUUCAUAUUUAAGUUGUUUUUUGUAUGAUUUGUAUAAACCUUUUAUUAUAUAAUUAUUGUUUACCAAAAUGAUGGCAACUACAUCUAAUUUGUUGUUGCGUAAAGCAGGAUCGUCAUUUUUGCGACUAUACUCUUCUAAUGUACAAAAAAUAACCACUCAUUACACUAUUCAUCCAAGAGAAUCUGAUGAGAGAUGGAAAGAUAUAUCAAUGGAACGAUAUGAAGAUGUCGCUGAUGUAGUAAUUGUUGGUGGUGGACCAGCUGGCAUGUCUGCUGCUAUUAGGUUAAAACAACUUGCAGCUGAAAAUAAUAAAGAACUCAGAGUAUGUGUAGUUGAAAAAUCUCCAGAAGUCGGUGGCCACAUUUUAUCUGGAGCGGUCGUUGAUCCAGUGGCUCUAAAUGAAUUGUUCCCAAAUUUAAACGAUUUAGGAGCACCGUUGAACACUCCUGUCAAAGAAGAUAAAUUUGGCUAUCUUACUAAAAGUAGCCGUAUACCAAUACCAAUUAUACCAGGUAUGCCUAUGGACAAUCAUGGAAAUUAUGUAGUUAGGUUAGGGCAUUUAGUAAAAUGGCUCGGCGAUCAAGCUGAAUCAUUAGGAGUUGAGGUUUAUGCAGGAUAUCCAGCAGCCGAAAUACUGUACCACGCUGACGGCUCAGUUAAAGGAGUAGCCACAGGUGAUGUUGGAAUUGCUAAAGAUGGAUCUCCAAAAGACAGCUUUGAACGUGGUAUGGAACUGCACGCCAAAGUGACUAUAUUCGCUGAAGGAUGUCAUGGGCAUUUGACUAAACAAUUAUUUAAAAAAUUUAAUCUACGUGAAAAUUGUUCUCCUCAAUCUUAUGGAUUAGGCAUUAAGGAAAUUUGGGAGGUGAAACCUGAAAACCAUAGUCCAGGGAGAGUAGAACAUACUGUCGGUUGGCCAUUAAAUAGGAAUACGUACGGUGGCUCCUUUAUUUAUCACCUGAACGAAUCCACUCCUUUAAUAGCAGUCGGUUUUGUAGUGGGAUUGGAUUACUCUAACCCAUACUUGAGCCCUUUUAGAGAGUUUCAACGUUUUAAACACCAUCCACAUGUACAACCAUUGUUUGAAGAUGGUAAACGAAUAGCGUACGGUGCUAGAGCUUUAAAUGAAGGCGGUUUCCAAUCUAUUCCAAAACUUUCAUUUCCUGGUGGUGCCUUGAUUGGUUGUACCGCAGGAUUUUUAAAUGUUGCCAAAAUCAAAGGAACUCAUUAUGCCAUGAAAUCAGGCAUGCUAGCUGCUGAAUCGACUUAUGACACCAUUGUAAAUUCAGGAGAAUCUACAGAAACCACUGGUCUGGAACCAAAAGACUAUGAAGAAAGAGUAAAAAGUAGCUGGAUAUGGUCAGAUCUUAAAAGCGUACGAAAUAUCCGUCCGUCAUUCCAUACAAAUCUAGGUUUAUUUGGUGGAAUAGCGUAUUCUGGAUUUUCUUUAGCAAUUAAAGGAAGUGAACCAUGGACACUUAGUCAUGGAGCACCGGAUCAUGCAAAAUUGAAGAAAAAGACUGAAGUUUCUGUAAUUGAAUACCCAAAGCCUGAUGGCAAAAUAAGUUUUGAUCUAUUGUCUUCCGUUGCAUUAACGGGUACAAAUCAUGAAGGUGAUCAGCCAGCUCAUUUAACACUUCUAAACGAUUCUGUACCUGUGAAUACAAAUCUUGAACUAUAUGAUGGUCCAGAAGGAAGAUUCUGUCCUGCUGGUGUUUAUGAGUACGUACCCGCCGAGGACGGAAGCGGCGACCGGUUACAAAUAAACGCUCAAAAUUGCAUCCAUUGCAAGACUUGUGACAUCAAAGAUCCCACGCAAAAUAUCAAUUGGGUCGUCCCCGAACCCGGCGGCGGUCCGGCAUACAACGGCAUGUAAAUCCGUCUGUCUGCGCCCUGACUUUGCGGUCGAUCAUCUCACCGUCGACGAAUGCUCAUAUUAUAGUACCGUAGUAAUGUUUUAUUAAUGUCGAUGUAGGAAACUUCACUAGAAUCGUAUACGCAGUCUGUGGUUAUCACGGAAAAACAUUUUCGGUUGAAUUGGCGAGUUCCGGCAACUUAAAAUUACAUAGUCAAUUAAUGCUAACCCAACUCAAAUCAAUAUUAUAUUUUAUACAUUUAUUUAUGUACAUUAUUUAUUUAUUUUUUUUUUGGAAAACGCGUUACAGAAUGUUUAGUAUAUAUUGUAAUAUGUUAUAUUAUUGUUCGUUAUGUAUAAAAAUUUAAUUUUAUCAUUUUUUGUUUGUUUUUAAUACAAUUUGUAUUACGAACGCCUCAGAUGCGGGACUAUAACAGCUAUCCUAAAGUAUAUUAUUGUUAAGUUAUGUCAACCGAA